UCUUUCUUUUUCUUCAAGCGGCAAAAUGCAACGCACUCUUCUUGUGCUGGCGCUCCUUGCCGUCUGCGCUGCGGCCGCCCCGCUCGGCGAUCUCGCGGUCCUCGAUGCAUCGUCCGCGUUCGCCACCACCCGCCGGCUCGUUGCUCGGCCGCAGCUCGCCGAGUGCAGCACGGACAAUGGCUUGGCGCACAUGACUUUUGCGCUCCGCCUCCAGAACAAGGCCGCGCUCCAUGAUCGCCUCAUGAGCGUCUCCAGCCCCGAGAACGCAGAGUACGGCAAGCACAUGACUGUGGACGAAAUCGCCUCCAUCGGUGGCAUCACGCGCGAGAACGAACGCGCGCUGGCUUCCCAACUCGCCGCAUUUGGCGCCAAGACCUUUGCCCUGUCUCAAACUCGCACAUUCGCGUAUGCGUGCUUGCCAAUUUCGGCCGCCCAGGUGCUCCUGGAACGCCAGGCCGAGGCUCUUCCUGUUGGCAUGCGCCACCUCAUUCACACGAUCGUCCAGACCCGCUCGACCAUGCUGAUGGAGAUUGAGCCGAUUCGUCUUACCGAGGCUGCGCCGGCUGCUGCUGAGCACUGGAAGUACUCGCGAUUCGGCGGUGUUGAAGCCGGAGCUCUGGGCGACCCGAACGCUCAAAAGACCGCGUACCAAAUUCCCCUCACUCAAGUCGCUACCAACACUUCCCUGGUCCAAAUGGUCUGGGGCACUGGCACGUUUGGCUACACGCCCGCCGACCUUGCUCAGUUCUACAGCACGUACAACGUGCCCAACACUGUCAACAACCUGCACACUUAUGGCAUGCAGGGCACGGUGAAUGGCGACAACUUUAUUGAAGGCACUCUGGACUGCACCUACAUUAGCGGCAUGGGUGUCGGCGUGCAGACGCUGAUUGCAAACACUGACAACGACUCGUCGACCGAGUGGGGUCCCGGAUUCGGCCCGGCACUGCUCAACUUUGUGUCCACUCUUUCCAACCAAAGCACUCUGCCUCACGUGCUCUCCAUGUCCCUUGGCUCGCUCUCCUGGGCCUCGUGCGACACGCUCUGCCGCGAUGCCGUGUCCAACACCGGCGGCAAGCAGUUCAACUAUGACGACUGCAUUCAGUACAUGCAAUCGCAGCGACAGGUCUGCAUGUACACUUCGCAAGACGAGACGGACAAGAUCAACGACGAGCUGCUGGUGGUUGCGCUGCGCGGCGUCACCAUUCUCGCCGCCACCGGUGAUGGUGGCAGCCACUUUUCCUUCGAGCCCUUCUCGGAUCUCAACAAGAUUGGCCGCGCGCUGAAUGUCGUCAGCUGCUCCAAGAACUUUCCGACCUUUCCGGCUGCCUCGCCGUACCUUUUGGGUGUCGGUGGCACGCAGUGGUCUGGCACUGGCACUCCGACCGCUCCGAUCGCGUGGACUGCCUCUGGUGGUGCCUUCUCGUGGCAGUUCCCGAUGCCCGACUACCAAAAGGCUGCCGUUGCUCACUAUCUCAGCACCACCCAAGGCCUUCCUCCGGCCAACUCGUACAACGCGUCCAACCGCGCCUAUCCCGAUGUCGCCGCUCUCGCAGACAACGUGCCGAUCGUCUCGGCCGGGAAGGUGAUGAACGUCGGUGGCACCUCUGCCUCGACGCCUGCCUUUGCUGGCAUUAUCAGCCUCCUGAACGACAUUCGAUUGAACAAGGGCUUGCCUUCGCUUGGUUUUGUCAACACUCGCUUGUACCAAGUCGCCGCUCAACACCCUGGCGAGGCGUUCUUUGAUGUGACGGUCGGCAACACUGCCUGCUCAUCGAGUGGAUUCUGCUGCGACAACGGCUUCCCGGCUGCUGUUGGCUACGACCCAACUACAGGCCUUGGCUCCCCGCUCUGGCCCGGCCUUGUUCGCUAUUUGACCAGCGAUUAAGUUGUUGUUGUUGUUGUUGUUUGUCAUCACUGUAGAUCAGUGAUAAGUCGUGUCAAUGAAAGUAAUUGUUUACUUUUAAAUGCGGCAUUGAACCAGUUAGUAC